CUUCAUCCUUCCCCCCAUUCCGCCACCCUCCCUGCUCUCUGGCCGUAGCAAGCAGCAGUGAAGACGAGGUAGUUUUGAAGCCGUGGCAUUAAUGAUCUCAUCUCAGCCUGAUCUCCGCAUCCUACAGAGGAUCUUAUGACCAACACCGGAAUAAAGUAAAAUAAACGAAGGAGCCUUGCUUCAGACUGGCCUAAAAUGGGCAGAAAGGGUGCAGAACAAAAGCUGCUUGUUGCUUGUACAAAAGUACUGAAGCGCUGCAGCCGGGACCAAGCUGCUAUGCUAAUGCCUGUGCCUCUCAACAGGAAAGAGAGCCAAAAUGUUCCCGAAGGGCACGAAGCGCAAGUUUUCUGACUCCGGGGAUGAACCUGCGGCAGGCGGUGAGGAUGUAAACCAACCGAGUUCGGUGGCUGUAAGGAUGCUGUCAUCCUACAGCCUGCAGCGGCAGUCCCUGCUGGACAUGUCCCUAAUCAAGCUGCAGCUGUGCCACAUGCUGGUGGAGCCCAACCUGUGCCGUUCAGUGCUGAUUGCCAACACGGUGAGGCAGAUCCAGGAGGAGAUGACCCAGGACGGCACCUGGCAGAUCAUGACCCAGGCCCUGAGUGCUGCCAACGCUGCUGCCCAGUGCUCUGCAGACCGCCUGGUGGCCACCGAGGUGCUGUGUCGGCAGACCGAGGCAACCCAGGGGGAGCAGGUACUCAAGCCCUUCCCAGCGGUGGGGUCAGAGGGUUGCCCUGCAGAGGAGGAGGAGGAGGUGGUGGUGGAGGAGGAGGGCGAGGGGGGGGUGACCAUGUCCACGGUUUCCCCCCAAGCCCCAACCUCCUACCUGCCAGGCACCUUUGGCAUGGACCCCUGCUGGGAAGAGGAGAAUGGUGAAGAUGAGGAGGAAGAUGAGGACAGUGAGGAGUGUGGGUCUGGUUCGGAGGAGGGAGACAGUGACAGGCUUGUGGAGGACUCCAGGACAGCAGAGCAGGUCUUUGGCACGUUCGAGAUCAAAAACCCUGCGCCCAGCCCCGACCCUGCCCUGGAGGAACUGUUUUCAGACGUGGAUGCGUCCUACUACGACCUUGACACGGUGCUGACAGGCAUGCAGAGUGCGCCUAAGAUGGGGCCCUACGACCUCCUGGAGAGCCUGUCCUCCCAUGGGCCCUCACCCCUCAGCUCCAGCACCAGCUGCCGAUCAGACCUCAAUGAACUGGACCACAUCAUGGAGAUCAUAGUGGGCUCCUGAGAAACAACACAUUCCCAUUCAUACAGACUUGGUAGACGCUUUACAGACAAUGCACAUGGUGCGUACAUGGAUAUGGUGUUAUUAUUAUACAUUCAGACGUUGAGGGUUUAUGAAAUCAAUAACUUAUUCAGUGUUACCACAUGCAGGUGUGCAUCUGUUAGUGGGCAGAGAUUACAGCAUAUACCAUUAUGAUUUUUCUUAUUUACAUACUUUUCUAUGUUUCCUUUUAUCAUACAAUCUAUUUUUCCAGUUUUGUUUUAAUUUAUUUUUAUGUAUGGACUGAAGAACAAUGUCAUUACACUACACACGAAUAGAGACCGGAACAUCCAAACCUUUGAAGCAAUGUAUAUUUUCCUAAAGACUAAAACAAAUAUUAGUGAAAUAGAUGGAUAUUGUACGUAUAUAUGUAUAUUGAAAUAUAUUUUUUGCAACAUACAGUUUGGGAAAUGUACCAGUAUGACUACAUCUAAUCCCCCCCUCCUAUUUUUAAUCUGACAGAGAUUUUGAAAUGUUAAUGUAGCCAGAUUCGACCAGUCUUCCUAUGGUUUGGUAUAAAGUAAUUGUCUCAAGACAGAGACUCUCCUGCUUUUUCAGGCACGUUUUUUCCCCCUGCUUGAUUUGAAUCCAUCUCUUACGACCUAGACUAGAUUUGUUCAAGUAUUAACAGAAACUCUUACUUGAUAUCAGCAUUAAGAAGCCAUAUUUUCUGAUAUUUGUGUUAUUACAAAUUAAGAAUUAUGGGUUGACCCAUUAAGUUAUUACUUUUUAAUUUAUUUAAUUUAUUAAAUAGACACAAACAUGCCAAGUUGCUUUUAACUGAAUCGUGUAGACCCAUGUGAUAUAUUUUAUAUAUCACAUGGGUCUACCCAAAUCCUCCCCCCUUUUCAAAAAGAACUAUGGGCCUGGGUUUACUAUUCACUAUGCAGUUCAUUUGUGAAAUGAUAUUUUGUACAGAAUUCAUCCAUAGAAAUGUCAACAACAAAAAUGUUUUUUCCCCACCAUUUUUUGGGGAUGUACAAGCAACUGUCUUUCUAAAGAUUUUUCAAACUGUCUUCUUAUCAUGAUUAAGAGAUUACUCAGGCAAACCGUACCAGUUAAAUCCGACAGUAUUACUCCGGUCAUUACUACCGCAACACUCUUCUCUGAAUGAUGUCACUCUGCUUCAAACAGGAGCUAGAAUUUCAACAAUUGUAAAGUAUAUGCAUUUUUAUAUUAAGAAAAUGUAGCAUCUUUGUAAAUAUUUUUUAUAAUAAAAGGUGCAAAGUUAA